AUGUGUGUCAACUCUGAUGGGUGUUGGGGCAUUAGCCAGGUUGCCCACUGGGUCUGGACCCUCGCCGACAAGGGCAGAUGGGCCCAGCCCCCUCCGCCCACAUGCAGCACCAGAUAUACCACAAAUACCACUGUGUCAAAUGCUUUAAAGAUAUAUUUUUGGGGAAACUAUUUUUUAAACAUUGUGGAAUACACUGGAAAUCUUCAGGGAAAUGAUGCAUUUAAAACACUUUUUUUUUUUUUAAGGAAAGGAUCGGUAUAUUUAUUAUGUUCUCUUUUUCUAAAUAACCUGUGGACAAGGGAAAGCCCCUGA